UAGCAGCCACCUCGCCUCUACCUCGAUAUUGAGACCUCAAUAUUUGAAUCACGAAAAGUCUCCUCAUUCCUUCAUCUCUCUCUCUCUCACGGUCUCACCAUCUUCAACUCUUUGCUUUUUGCAUUUCAUUUUCAGUAUUGGAAAGUUAAGCUCACAACAACACUUUCAUGGUGCUAAAUUCCACGACAGCAUAAAAGAAUCUCAAGCCUUGCAGCAGUACUGCCCAAUUUUCCUCUUCUUGUCAAAAACCCAUCAUCACCGUGAUGGCUGCUCCAAAGCACUUGCAUGAACUUCUGAAAGACGAUCAAGAGCCAUUUCUUCUCGAGAACUAUAUUGCUGACAGGCGUUCCCAGCUCAAAAAUUCCUCUUCACCAAAAUCCCAUUUACAGGUCACGAAACGGAAGCCUACCUCCAUCUCACAACAGCAACAACAGACGAUUUUGAAUUCCCCUCACAAUCUCAGCAAGAAAUCUUGCCUUUUCUCCUAUGUUGACUCUCCUCAUGAGCCAAGAAGGUCUCCAAUCUUUGAAUUUCAAUCUCCAGUCUCCAAAAGCCCAUGUGGAAGAAGGCCAAAUGCGAUUUUCCUUAACGUCCCUUCGAGAACUGCUACUCUGACACUUGAAGCUGCGCUUAAGAUUGAGAAACAGUCCUCCAAAACCAAAACCCAGAACAAAAACCAUGGUAACUUCGGGUUAUUCGGGUCGUUCUUGAAGAGGCUAACGAACCGGUACCUGACCCGGAAACGCGAAAUCGGUGCUGAUGGCGUUAAAGUCUCCGUGAGGGAUAUUUUAAGGUGGGAUUCUGUUGGGCGAAGGAGGUCCCCCAACGAGCGAAUCAGUGAAAGAAAACAGGGGAUUGCGCAAAAAAGUUCUCAAGAAACAAACGAUUGUGAGAUUGAAUUUUCUUGCAAUGAAGACCAGUCGAUGGAUUUUGAUUUGGAGACCUCGAACCAGAGUGAGGAAUUACUUGGAUCAGAGAUUGAGUUUAUUAACCAAUGGAUUGAUGAAACUUAUUUUACUUCUUGUGAGAAGCGCUUCUGUGAAAGCCCUUUUCGUUUUGCGCUUCAACGGAGUCCAUCUUCUGGUAUACAGACGCCGACACUCUCCUCGCCGGAAAAGUCUCCCAUUCAUCGCAACGGAGAGGACAAAGAGAAUUAUGAUGGGGAGAGCAUUAAAAAAUCCCAAGUACAAGAGGAGGAGGAGGAGGAGGAUAAGGAACAAUGUAGUCCUGUUUCUGUAUUGGACCCCCCAUUUGAGGACGAUAACGAUGGAGAUGGCCAUGAAUGCGAGGACGAUGAUGGCUUCGACGUUGAACGGAGCUAUGCAAUUAUACAGAGAGCAAAGGAGCAGCUACUGCACAAGCUUCGCAGAUUCGAGAAACUGGCAGAAUUGGAUCCAGUAGAACUUGAGAAAAGAAUGUUAUCAGAAGAAAUCGAAGACGACGACAACAGCGAUACGAAUAAGGUAGAGGUAGAAGAGGAAGAAGAUGAUGACAGUCUUAUUGCACAACAACUCAGUAAAUCUGGAUUCGAUCAUGCAAGGCAAAUUCCUAAGAGCUUGGUUUCAGAUCUCAUCGACGAGGAAAGCCGAGAGAGAACCAACUACUGCAUUGACAGAGAAGUGGUUGCCAAAAGGGUUUAUAAGAGAUUGGGGUCAUGGAAAGAGGUGGAGUCUAACACCAUUGAUAUGAUGGUAGAGCAAGAACUCAGCGAAGAAUGGAAGAGAAGUCAAGAGGAGGUGGGGGAGGCUGCAUUGGAUAUUGAAGUUGCCAUCUUUGGAUUGUUGAUGGAGGAGUUAAGCUCUGAUAUCUUUGAGUGAAAUUUUGAUUCAACUUUCUUUCAUUUUUUAAAAAAUUAAAUGUCAAAGAGAAGGGUAAAUAGAUAUAGUCUAACUUGGGAUGAGAAAUAGGGGGGUAGAUGGUAGUAUGGUACUCUGUAUAUGAAUCAUCAUAAUCAAUGUACUUAGGGGGGGGGACUGCCAAUUUGAAUGAGACCUUAGUACUUAAAGUUUGUUGUACUAAAUUUUUUUUAUUUCUUUAUGCUUUCUUCUUUAUUUUC